AUGUCUGAGAGCUGCCUUUUCACAAGUGUUUCUGUGUUCUCCCCCCCGGGGGGCCGCCACCUUGUCGUGGUGGGGGGGCUUGCGUGCUCCAAUGAUCUCCAAGGCUAUACCGGCAGGUUCUGCCAUACCGGUCAGGCUUGGGAUGUUGGUGGGCCUAGCUCGGGCGGAAGAGAGCAAGGAGAUGAGAGGCCUAGCUCAGGCGAAGAAAACGAGCAGGUGCCUAUGGCACCCGAGCAGGUGGAGGAUGUCGGUGUGGAGACGAGUAGUCCUGCACCUUGCACUUUCCAGAGUCCGGUGGGGAGGCCUAGGAGACUUCCAGUUCCGGGGAGCCUGUCUAAAUCGUCAUCCGUCAUCAGUUUCAUGUCGGCCACCUCAGGUGAGGAGGACACGAGCCGUCUUUGGCGUCGUAAGAGAGGCAGAAAGAACCUCUCCGAUAGCUCCCAGACAGCCUCUGAGACAGAGACGGGCGAGCCAAUGUCGGCUAAAGCCAAAGUUAAAAAGAGGGGGCGAGGCCGACCUCCGACCACAGGAAAGUACGUCGGCCUGGCGGCAGCCAAACGCAGCUUGGCAGAAGCGGAGCUCGCAGCAGCGGAAGCCCAGGCUGAGAACGCAGCAGCGGAAGCCCAGGCUGAGCAGAAACUUGCCCAACAACCGACGGAGAUAUGCGGAAGUCAGCCGCGCCUCGUUGCAAUGAGCGGUGGUGAGGAAGACAGAGAUCUAGUGGCAGUGGUGUCGAGUUACGCCGAGGCUGUCUUGAGGGUGGCCAAAUCUUCCAGCCAGUUGAAGGGAACCAGCCAGAAGGCACUAAAAAAUGCAGCCGCUGGAUUUAAGGAUGUUGUCGAGGCCAUGGCCAGAAGGACGGCGAAUGAUGAGACGCGGCGGCUCCGCGAUGAAAACCAGCGGAUGCAGGAGCGUCUCCUCGCCGCUGAGCGUCAGAUCGCGGAGCUGCGCGCUCAAACUGCGCAAGGGGAAAAACGGGCGGCAGCGGCGCCUUUGACCGUGAGCCCGGAAGCAGAAGUGGAUGCCCUGGUCGGCCUGAUCACCUCACGUAUCAUGGCUAGAAUUGACGCGAGAUAUGGGCACCUCCUCAAGAAGGAGAAUCUCCGCCCGCCUCUGGCCGCGGACAAGAAGCGAGCGGCCACGACUACCGCUACCACAGCUAAUGAGUUGACGGUUCCCGCCGGAACUUUUGCCGCUGCAGUCGCAGGCAAUAAAGGGAAGGGCAAAAAGUCAACCGCUGCCGCUGCUGCCCCUGCGGAGAAGAGUGGCGCGGAACCAGUCCCGAUAUCAACCGCAACGGAAACCGCCCCUGAUCGCAGGGCUGGGGAAAAGAAAAAGAAGAAGAAAAAGAAGACCGCUACUGCCGCGAAACCGGCGUCUACUAUACCUGCGAGCCAAGAAGGCACUUGGCAAGUAGUGGGCGAGAAGAAAAAGGUGGCGAAGGCGGCCCGUAAGAAGGCGGCGGUCACCAAACAACAGGCAAAGAGUAUGCGUACCCCUAAGUCUGCUGCCGUAACGCUGGCGCUGCAGCCAGGGGCCGUCGAUACCGGCGUCACCUAUGCCGGUAUAUUGACCAAGGCGCAAGCGGCAAUCGAUCUGCAAGGACUCGGGAUAGUUGGGCUCAGAGAAGUUCCUGAACACUCGAAAAUUGAUCACUCGAGACUCAUGGGAGAGUUUUACUCUCCAUGA